CUUCAUGAUUUAUUGAAAAAAAGUAUAUUUCAGAGAAGAUGUGGUUACGAGAGUUUAGUGAGAUAUUCGAUGUCCUCCCGUACUACUUGCUGGUCUGCCUCCCCAUCUUCAUCGCCUUGUCCCCGAUCAACCCCGUGGAGUCCGCCUCCGAGCUCGAUGUUCAUAGACUAGCUCAGUUUGAACUAGGAGGAAACCUACAUGGAUCUAAACAGGCUGCUCUGACUAUGGAUGCUCGUGGACCUGGUGUAAGCCAGGUUGUGAGGAAAACUGUAGUUGUAAAAAUGGCUGAACUCUCCGUGGCCGGGUUUAGAGAUCUAGUCUCGAGCGGGGUGGGAGGCCUCCUCCUUCUCAUCCCUCCAGGGCUAGCUGGACUGAGUGCAGAGGCUAGAGAGGCUGUUCUACAGUUAGAGGAGGAGCUGGUGGGCGGGGAUCUUGAGAUUCCUGUCUACUUUGCAGAGGAGAACCCUGAGCUGAAUGAACUAUAUGAGACCCUGAGAUCUGAAGGUGAAGGGGGAGAGGAUGCGUCCUCUGCCCUGGCAGCUAUGAUGAGUAGUAUAUCUAACAGCGGAUAUCAGUUAAUUAUAUCCGCUCCAACUCCACAACCUGUUAAAGAUCAGGCUGUUGUAUCAACCUCUGGUCUCCUCGGAGGAUCAAGUGGAGAAGACCAGCUCCCAACUAUCCUUGUAGUUGCUCAUUACGAUGCCGGAGCCGGAGCUCCCAGUCUUGCCACCGGAGCGGAUAGCAAUGGUAGCGGAGUAUCAAUACUGCUGGAGCUUGCCAGAUUAUUCUCAGCACUUUACUCAGGGUCCAGAACCCAUCCAGCGUAUUCCCUUGUAUUCCUGCUCUCUGGUGGUGGUAAACUGAACUAUGCCGGGACUAAGCGCUGGCUAGAGGAGCACCUUGAUCAUGAUACAACAAGUGAUCUUCUCUCAAACGUCAAGUUUAUUCUCUGUCUCGAUUCCCUCGGCAAGAAUAAACCUCUGAAUCUGCAUGUGUCUAAGCCUCCUAAGGAAGGUUCUGCUGGAGCUAUUUUCCUUGAGAACCUCAGAUCUGUGUCCUCCGCUCUCUUCCCGAACCUACCUAAACCAGAGAUGGUUCAUAAGAAGAUUAAUCUGGCCGAUGAUACUCUCUCAUGGGAGCAUGAAAGGUUUUCUAUCAGACGGUUACCUGCCUUCACCCUCUCCCACUUCACCAGUCCGCGCAAUCCAGAGCGUCAAACUCUCCUAGAUUCAACCUCAGAAGUGUCUGGAGCUGUUCUCCAGCGGAACACGAGGCUGGUGGCGGAGGCCCUGGCCUGCAGCCUCUACCCAAGGAUGGAGAAGACGACCUGCAGCGGAGAACUAUUCUCCGGGUCCCUUGAGCCCAAGGAGGAGUCUCUCAUGGGUUGGUUGAGAUUGGCAACUUCAUUCCCAAGACAUCCUAGUCUUCUCUCAGAUAAAAACUCAGACCUCGUGAAGAGCUUGACGUCUGCCCUGGCCAGGUACACCCAGGACGUAAGCACCGUGGUUGGAACCCCGGAUAGGAGGGAACCUGAAUAUGUUCUUUAUGAUACUGCUACUGCAACCAUGAACGUUUACAGGUAA